GGAGAACGUGUCCCCACCAACCAACCCAUUUUUCAACAGAAUUAACUCUUCUUUCUUCUACUCUUCUUUCUCUUUAUAUGUUCAUGGCACUCUGAAACUCUUGUUGCUCACUUCCAAGAUCUUUCCUUUCUUCUCAGUUUGUUCCAACCCCAUCACUUUUUCUUUGCCCAAAUGGAUCAACAAAGAGAUUUUGCACUUACCCAGAUGAGAAAAUCCGUUGAGAAGCUUGGUUCUUCUGCGGAGGGGUAUGGAGACCAUACACUGAUUAGGUUUUUGAUUGCUCGAUCAAUGGAAGUGGAAAAAGCUGCAAAAAUGUUUGUGCAGUGGCAGAAGUGGAGGAAUGCCAUGGUUCCUAAUGGAUUUAUUUCAGAAUCAGAAAUUCCAGAUGAACUGGAAGCAAGGAAAAUCUUUUUGCAGGGUUUGUCUGGAGAUAAAUUCCCUCUCAUGAUUGUUCAAACCAACAGACAUUUUUCUGCCAAGGAUCAGAUUCAAUUCAAGAAAUUUGUCAUAUAUAUACUGGACAAGACAAUUGCAAGUGCUUUCAAAGGAAGGGAGGUAGGGAAUGAGAAGUUGAUUGGGAUUAUUGAUCUACAAAACAUUUCAUAUAAAAACAUUGAUGCACGUGGGUUGAUCACAGGAUUUCAAUUUUUACAGAGUUACUACCCUGAACGUUUGGCAAAGUGCUAUAUUUUGCACAUGCCAUGGUUUUUUGUGAGUGUUUGGAAACUAGUUUCUCGCUUCCUAGAGAAGGCUACCCUAGAAAAGGUUGUAAUUGUGACCAAUGAGGAUGAGACAAGAGAGUUUGUAAGAGAGGUUGGUGAAGAGGUUCUUCCAGAAGUAUAUGGUGGAAAAGCCAAGCUUGUAGCAAUCCAAGAUGUUGAAUUGGAACCACUGCAAAAUGGAUCAAACUGAUAAUUAAGGUGAUUUGCAUCACAUGCUGUUAUGUCUUGUUGGGCAUCUACACAAACUUCUCAAUAAUGAUUUCUUGGAGAUAGAAAGAAAAAAGAAAUGAUUUUUCUAAAAUUAAAAUUAGUUUAUGUAUAAAUUAGUUUGUAAAAGGAUUUUCCACCUUUUUGCUUUUUAAAUUAUAUAUAACAUAAUUUUAACUUAUAAAGAUAACUUUUAUAAUUCAUUUAUUAUCCAUGGAAUCUUGUAGUCCUGUUUUUCU